GGGGAGAGGGUUAUAGACUCAUAGCCUCCUCGGAGAGGUAUAUAAGAAGAGGCAUCCUCUGCACAAUCUCAUCUCAUCUCAUCACCGGCCAUCACUAAAGCCAGAGAGUCACUACUGCUCUCUUUCUUUUUCUCCUUGGGAUUCAAAAUAUCUCCAUUCAUUCAAUGCUUCUUUAAAAUCCUUGGAUUUAAUCUCUCAGCUUUGCUAGUAACUACUAGCUAGAGCCUAGCUAGAGUUCUUGGUUAUAUAAACAUCAUCGUCUUCUACGUAUUGUUGUUGUGACAAAUUUGACUGGAAAAGAUGGGGGGCCCGGACAAGGCUAUCAGCCUUGAGGAGAUCAAGAACGAGACUGUUGAUCUGGAAAGGAUUCCCAUUGAGGAAGUGUUUGAGCAGCUGAAAUGUUCCAGAGAAGGUCUAAGCGGGGCGGAAGGAGCCCAGAGGCUCGAGAUUUUUGGUCCCAACAAGCUAGAAGAGAAGAAGGAAAGCAAAUUUCUCAAGUUCCUUGGGUUUAUGUGGAAUCCUCUAUCAUGGGUCAUGGAAGCUGCAGCCAUUAUGGCUAUUGCUUUGGCCAAUGGUGGUGGGAAGCCCCCAGAUUGGCAAGAUUUUGUGGGUAUUGUCUGCUUGUUGGUGAUCAACUCCACUAUCAGUUUCAUUGAAGAAAACAAUGCAGGAAAUGCAGCUGCUGCACUUAUGGCUGGUCUUGCUCCCAAGACUAAGGUGCUUAGAGAUGGAAAAUGGUCUGAGGAGGAUGCUGCCAUCCUGGUUCCAGGAGAUAUCAUUAGCAUCAAGUUGGGAGACAUUGUCCCAGCUGAUGCUCGUCUUCUUGAGGGUGAUCCUUUAAAGAUUGAUCAAUCUGCCCUUACGGGAGAAUCACUUCCAGUGACCAAGCAUCCAGGAGAUGAAGUUUUCUCUGGUUCAACUUGCAAACAAGGUGAAAUCGAAGCUGUUGUCAUUGCCACUGGUGUCCACACCUUCUUUGGGAAGGCUGCUCAUCUUGUAGACAGCACCAACCAAGUUGGACAUUUCCAGAAGGUUCUCACUGCUAUUGGAAACUUCUGUAUCUGCUCCAUUGCAGUUGGAAUGUUGGUUGAGAUUGUAGUCAUGUAUCCCAUUCAGCACAGAAAGUACAGGGACGGAAUUGACAAUCUCCUUGUACUCUUGAUCGGAGGCAUUCCCAUUGCCAUGCCUACCGUCUUGUCUGUGACAAUGGCUAUUGGAUCUCACAGGCUCUCUCAGCAGGGUGCUAUCACUAAGAGAAUGACUGCCAUUGAAGAAAUGGCUGGUAUGGAUGUGCUUUGCAGUGACAAGACAGGAACACUAACUCUUAACAAGCUUAGUGUUGACAAAAACUUGAUUGAGGUCUUUUCCAAGGGUACGGAGAAAGACCAUGUGGUUCUUCUUGCUGCAAGGGCAUCUAGAACCGAAAACCAGGACGCCAUUGAUGCUGCCAUGGUUGGAAUGCUUGCUGACCCAAAAGAGGCCCGUGCUGGAAUUCGAGAAAUUCACUUCUUGCCAUUUAAUCCUGUGGACAAGAGAACUGCUUUGACUUACAUUGAUUCUGAUGGAAACUGGCACAGAGCAAGCAAAGGUGCACCUGAGCAGAUUUUGGACCUCUGCAAGUGCAAAGAGGAUUUCAAGAAGAAGGCUUUUGCCAUUAUUGACAAGUAUGCUGAACGUGGUCUUCGGUCUUUGGCUGUUGCUAGACAGGAAGUGCCCGCAAAAUCAAAAGAAAGUGAGGGUGGUCCAUGGCAGUUGGUUGGGUUGUUGCCUCUUUUUGAUCCACCAAGACACGAUAGUGCAGAAACUAUCCGCCAGGCUCUUAAUCUCGGUGUGAAUGUUAAGAUGAUUACUGGUGAUCAACUUGCUAUCGCAAAGGAAACUGGUCGCAGACUUGGAAUGGGAACAAACAUGUACCCAUCUGCUUCCUUACUUGGUCAACACAAGGAUGCAAGCAUAGCUGCCCUCCCAAUAGAAGAGUUAAUCGAGAAGGCUGACGGGUUUGCUGGAGUGUUUCCAGAGCACAAAUACGAGAUUGUGAAGAAGUUGCAGGAGAGAAAGCACAUUUGUGGAAUGACAGGAGAUGGUGUCAAUGAUGCCCCUGCAUUGAAGAAGGCCGAUAUUGGAAUUGCUGUCGCUGAUGCUACAGAUGCUGCACGAGGUGCUUCCGACAUUGUUCUUACAGAACCCGGAUUGAGUGUCAUCAUCAGUGCAGUGUUGACCAGUAGAGCUAUUUUCCAGAGAAUGAAGAACUACACAAUCUAUGCAGUUUCCAUCACCAUCCGUAUUGUGUUUGGUUUCAUGUUCAUUGCACUCAUUUGGAAGUUUGACUUCUCUCCUUUCAUGGUUUUGAUUAUUGCCAUAUUAAACGAUGGAACAAUUAUGACGAUCUCAAAGGAUAGAGUUGUGCCAUCUCCCCUUCCUGAUAGCUGGAAAUUGAAAGAGAUAUUUGCUACUGGGAUUGUGCUCGGAGGUUACUUGGCAUUGAUGACUGUUAUAUUCUUCUGGUUGAUGAAAGAAACUAACUUCUUUUCGGUAAGUUACAGUUUGCUAUGUAAAGGAGUACUUAUGUUUAGAGAAACUUUUCUUCAAAGUUUGUUAAAUAUUGAAAAUAUGCUUUUUCUGCAGAAUACAUUUGGUGUCAGAUCUAUAAGAGAGAGUCCUGAGGAUCAAAUGGCUGCUUUGUACCUACAAGUCAGUAUUGUGAGCCAGGCUCUCAUUUUUGUCACUCGAUCACGAAGCUGGUCCUUUUUGGAACUCCCUGGACUACUGUUGCUCAGUGCUUUUGCCGUCGCCCAGCUGAUUGCAACUUUGAUAGCAGUAUAUGCCAACUGGGGAUUUGCAAGAAUACAUGGAGUCGGUUGGGGAUGGGCCGGUGUCAUCUGGAUUUACAGCAUUGUCUUCUAUUUCCCACUAGACAUUAUGAAGUUUGCCAUCCGUUACAUCUUGAGUGGAAAGGCAUGGCUCAACAUGCUAGAGAACAAGACUGCCUUUACCACCAAGAAAGAUUAUGGAAAAGAGGAGAGGGAAGCUCAAUGGGCUCAUGCACAAAGGACCCUUCAUGGACUGCAAGCACCAGAAAGUAGUACUCUGUUUAGUGACAAGAGCAGCUACAGAGAGCUGUCUGAGAUUGCCGAGCAGGCUAAGAGACGAGCAGAGAUGGCAAGACUUCGUGAGCUUACCACACUCAAGGGACAUGUCGAGUCAGUGGCGAAGCUGAAGGGCCUGGACCUUGAUUCAAUCCAGCAGCAUUAUACAGUGUAAGAAUCCCAGAUGAAAUUUUACCCGGGAAACAAGAGGCCACAAUUCAACGAUGUAUCAAAUUCUAGAGGAGAGACAAUUAAGAAGGCCUAAUUAGUUUAAACAUUUUCUAGAUAUGAUGGAGAGCAUGUCUGUGCUAUAUAUAACUACUCUCCUGUUCUGUUGUAUUUUUACUUUCACAUGUAUUUCAAGUGCCAGCAAAAAAAAGGUUGUGUUUGGUUUAGUUUUGUUCUCUUGUAGGGGCCAAGUACCCAUUCUCAUAGCACUAAUACUCUUAUGCAAAGUGUCAUGCCGCUUUUGAAGGCUCAAAUAAUCAGUGAAUUUAACUUCAUAUCCAUUUACACAA